AUGGCCAGCUCAUCGCGCAAUCUGACAGCUUGGGACGUGGCCGCGCUACGAGUCUCGCAGCUCAAUGCCACAGACGACAUGCCGGCGCUUUCGCGUGCAGCCUCUUUGAAAAGCACGUACGGACUUCGUGCGCUGCCGAUCAACCUGGGAUCUCUGGAGGAUUUGGGACUUAAUCCGUCACAAUGCAAAGAGCUUGAGGCCGACGAUGUUCCCGCAUCAACGAAGGAUUUGCCUGCACGUAGUCCGCAUGACUCAAUGGACCUUUACCCGAUCUCGUUUCUCCUGCGACAAGAUGUGCUCAUGCCAUGUCCCAAUCACUGGACAGGGCUUUCGAACGCGACGAUCCGACUUCGCCGAGGCCGACGUGUCGUGCAUGGCACCGUUGAACGGCAGUCGCCGUACUGGCAUCGAAUGUAUACGCCGCAUGCAUCGGAAGCGGGCCCGCUCCGAGCCAGUAUUCCACUGACCAGCGCUGAUUUGGACCGCUCACACGCAGUGUACCAGCGGAGUGCGUUGACGUCUCGUGCGAACCGACGCCGCUCCCGCACAGCACACCGCAGCUUAGAGGAAGCUGCGGCGAGCAAGCGUGAUGCUACCGUAGAAUCGGGCGACCUGCGUCACCGAUUGGAGCGUGUCGUCAAAGAUGUGCUUCCCCAGACUGUCCUGUGGACCGAGGGCAAUGAGCGAACUUGGCAGGAGGAUCGCUAUGGCUGGAUUCAUGCGCCGGAAUCCGAUGACCGGAUUCCCGCGAGCACCAUGCUGGAGUCACUGCACUUUUAUGCGGCACAAUUUUAUCACGCGAAUGAUGCUCUUCAACCGGUCCAUGCCAUAGCAACGCCGUCGGAUAUCUCGCCUUCAGCGUGUGAGGAGAUUCGCAACGCUCUCCUGAAAGAAGUGCCCGACUCCAUGUUACCUGGCACGCCGCUGUGGGAGUACUGGGCUCGGCAUUCGUUGGGCUGUGGCCGCUCAAUGCUGCAGCGAUUCGAUGGCAGCGCGAUCGUUGCACUGGGCUCGCUUGUUCGCGCAUAUACGCAGCACGUUUUGCCACGACAGGCGAUGAUGCAACGAUCCAAAAAACAAGCACCACUGGCAGAUGCACUGCGUGCAGAGCGCCGGGAUCGAACGAGAUGGCGCGUGUCUCGAGCGAAAAAGCACGCACAUGUCCAGGCGUUUCUUAACAAGUUUCAACAGAGAUGA